UAAUCAACUGCUUGGGGAAAUGUCUAAUGCAAUCAGCAAGAAAGAUAAAAAGUAUGUAGAUAUGUUACGGGUUCUGUACAGUGAUACAGCAGAAUUCAAAGAAGAAUUGGUGAGAGCUAAAUCCGCUUUUGAUUUAUUCCAAACACUAAUAGUAGCAGGCGUUUUGAAAUCAACAGACAUUUCAGUUUUGUUUCAAACCAUUGAACUAACUGGAUUGAGAUUUUUAAAGGAGAUUAUUGAGAAGUAUCGGAAGUAUCCUGAUAAAGUCGAGAUCACACUGUUUUCAGCAUAUCGUCAGCAUGUUGUUGCUUGGGGAAAAAAUGUUUUAUGUGAAGUUCUCCAGAAUGUUCGACAGAGGUACGAAAUUCCAGUCAACAUCUCUACAAAUCCAUGGAAAGUAAUUACAUAUCUUGAAAAUAAGGAUAUUAUUUCAGAAGACAAGUGGUCAUCAUUUCUAAUGAAUGUGAAAAGUUCUGAUAAUGAAGAAGCAUCAACAUCAAAAAAACAAAAGUUAAAUGAAGGUAAAUCAGGACUAUCUAAACAACCAAAACGACAAAGGAUAGAUAAAGACUCAGUCAUCAGAGAAUAUUUUUUAGAAGAGCAGAAAAAGUUUCUCAAAGAAAAAAAUUACUACUGUCCUCCAACGUACAUUGACGAUACAAUAGAUAUUGAUGGUUUGUUUACUGACCUGGAACUGGUUAAGAGAGAUGGUAGAGGUAAAAGAGUGGAUGCAGUGUCAGCAUCAUUGGAAGAGAUCCUGAAUCUUAUCAGUUCAAAAGAUUCAUGUAAAGUAUUGAUUGAAGGAGAGGGAGGGAUGGGGAAAACCACCCUUCUUAGAUAUAUAUCUUACCGAUGGGCAAAUAAGAAAGACAAUACUUUUUUGAGGGAAAUUGUGUUUCUUAUUAAUAUUAGGGAUAUAAAACCAAAUGAAGAUGUUAUAAAUGUUAUUAGCAGAAUUCAUGUGGAAAACUUCAAACGCAGAAAAAAAAUGGAAAUAACAAGUGCUGAGUUGGGUAGUUUUAUAACAAACCAUGAUAAUGAGAUUGUUCUGUUGUUAGAUGGAUUGGAUGAAUUGAAUUCUGAAGCUACACGGCCAAUUAAUAUAUUCGAAAAUCAGAACUUCAGCAAAGUGCUUCUAACAUCUCGCCCUGGAAAUAUUUCUGACUUUGCUAACAAGUGUAAUGUUUAUGUGAAGGUUUUAGGAUUUAACUCAAACAGCAUAAAACAAUUCAUUGACAAUUUCUUUAUUCGUGACCCUGAUUCUGGCAAAUCACUGAGAACAUAUUUGUAUAAAUAUGAAAAAGAUGAUGAUGAUGAUAACUAUAGUCAAUUAUAUGACUUGUGUCGUUCACCAAUGCUACUGCUCUCAAUAUGUACAAUAUGGAAGGAAAAGAAAUGCCUUCCACAAAAUCUUGCCAGCCUAUUUGAGGAAUUGUUUUAUUGCAUUUUAAAUCAAUACAACAAAAAAAACCAUGUAAGAAAGCUUUCUAAUUUUGCCAAAAUUCGACAGUAUAAAAAGUAUGAAAAGUAUGAAAAGUGUUUUUCCAUUCUUGGAAAAUGUAUGUAUGAAAGCUUAAAAGAAAACAAGCUUUCAAUAGAGUUUGAUGACUUAAGUAAAUACAAUUCGAAUGAAGACGAAAACUGCUUUGCACUAGCAAUUGGAAUACUUUAUAAAGAGCUACCAAAAGGUGCGCAAGACUUUUCAGAUGUUUAUACAGCUCCUCAUAAAUUGAUAGCUGAAUCAUUGGCGGGACUCUACAUUUGUUGGCAAUGUCAAAAAUGCGCCAGUUUCUUAUCUGAAGAAUGGGAUACAAUAAGUACUAAUAAAUAUUUGCAUAUGACACGCAUCUUUGCCAUUAGCUUUCUUGGUGCUCAUGCUGAUAAAUUGUUGCAACAUUGGAUCACAAAUGAUGCCAUGGAUUAUCGUUCCCUUAUGAAAUACUUAAUGAGUUUAGAAAUAGAGCAGCAACCGACUGUAGUACAAAAUCUGGAUACUUGCAUAUCUGAAAAGGACCUUGCAAUUAGGCAACAAUUUCCAAGUAUUUGCAAUAGCCUCAGAAUGUUUGUGCUUCAUUGUAAUCCUGAUAUUAAAAUCAAUAAUAAUUACUCUUUGAUUCAACACGUAAGAGAAGUACUCUUGCUGGAAAAGAAAUUGGGUUCAAGCGUAUUUACAAAGUCGGUAGAUGGAUGGAUUAAUGCUAAAUCAUCAGUAGAAAAUCCAGUGCAUAAAUUGUUAAGUCACUUGAUGUUUGCUGCCAAAGAUCAAAGAUGUAUCACCGCAACAAAAGCUUUUUUAUUUGGUAGUGAUACUUUUUUUGAGAAUAUUUCUACUGAUUUUGGAAAUCUGAAUUUAGUUUAUGAUGAUAAGUUAGAAUUUAACUUUAACAAUAAUUAUAUCAAGAGUAGGUUCUUAAUAGUUCAUUUACUAAAUUUUGUACCAAAAAAUUUAUACUUGAACUUGGAUAAUUGCUCGUUAUCAGGUACGUUUAUUAACAGUGUAUUCAGUAAGUGUUACAGUAACCUUGUCAUUCUUGAUCUUUCAAGGAAUAACCUUACUGAUAUUGAAGGAUUCUUGAAUAAUGUGCCAAAUCUGUUUUCUCUGAAAAUGGAAGAAUGUAGUUUAUCAGGUACAGAAUUAGCAAAAAUGGUCCGCAGUCUGAAUAUGUCAACUGUACCAUUAGAGAUUUUUGAACUGAAAGACAACAUAUUUGAUGACAUAGAAGGAACACUGUUAAGUACUCUACUAGUUAAUGCUCCAGAACUAGAUAUACUUGAUGUGACAAAUUGUGAAUUAUCAUCUGUUGUUAUAAAUGACAUGGUCAGUGAUUUAAAAAAAAAUCAUAGAAGUUUGGCCUUGACAGAAUUUCUCAUCAGUGGGAAUGAUCUAAAUGAUAUUGAUGGGCAUACAUUAUCUGAUCUAUUGUCAAUUGCUCCAAACCUUAAAGAACUUAAUCUGAAUUCCUGUAACCUUGUGGGUACAAUUGUAAACAACAUGUUCGAGAAUUGUCCAUUACAUAAUAAAUUACAUCGUCUUGAUGUUGAUAAUAACAAUCUGAGUGACAUUAAUAAAUUAUCACUUGUUCAAAUUAGAAGGAAAUGUCCAAACUUAGUCUACCUUAAUAUGGGAUCUUGCCAGCUUAAAGAAACCGUCGUUAGGGAUAUGAUGAAUGAAUAUCGUGACACAUCGGAUGUGAGUUGGGAAUGGAGUAGGCUUGAUCUCCAGUGCAAUGAUCUCCAUGACAUUGGUGAUGCAACUAUUUAUGCGCUACUUAAAGUAAAAGCUUUGUUUGAUUUGUUUGAUUGUAUAUCCACUGUAGAUCAAUUGGAUGCUGUUGUUGAUAAAUGUGUCAAGGAGAACAUUGUGCUAGAAUGUACUCAACUUAGCAAUAGAAGAAUCAGUCAGCUUAGAUGUAUAUCAGGAGCAAUGUUAGGAAAUGUGUUGAAAAUUGCACCUAAGCUAAAAUGUUUGACAUUGUCAAGUUGUAGUUUAUCAGGUGAUAGUAUUAAAGAGAUGUUCAGCAAUUGCAACAUAUUGGAAUUAGAAGAGCUGUAUCUGGCAAAUAAUCAUCUCCAUAAUAUGGAGGGAGAAACGUUAAUUGAUUUAUUCACUAAGGCUCCAAAACUUUGUGUGCUUGAUAUGACAGGUUGUCAGUUGUCAUCCAUUGCUGUUUCUGAAAUGAUCAGUUAUUUUAAAGAAAAUGAUAAAAAAUUGAUGCUGGAAGAAAUCGAUAUUGAUAUUGACAGAAAUGUGUUGUCUGAGUUAUUGUCAGUUGCUCCAAACCUGAGAUCCAGAGCUGAAUAUGAGUGAUAUUGAUAUGCAAGACUGAAUUCUUGUGGGAAUUGAGUUAAAAUUGUCUAGUACUGUACAUAAUAAAUUCAUAAUCUUAAUAGUUGUGCGAUAUUGAUAAUUAUCACUUAUUUCUAAACUUGCAAGCUUAAUCAUCCGUUGGGUGGUUGAAGGAUAUGUCAAAUUAACCUUAUUUACUUCCUUUUAACAAAAUACAAUUACAACAUAAUUAUAUAUAUAUAUAUAUAUAUAUAUAUAUAUAUAUAUAGUAGUUUAGCAUACCAUAACUAUCCAUGAUAAAGUCCAACAGUUGACCAUUGUAUUAUAAUGUAUGUCCAUCAUUAACAUUAGUGACAACCUGUUUGACAGAUGCACAAAGACCUCCCUAUAGUGUAAUUUAUGUUAGUUCCUACCAACCUCUCUUCCUGUCCAUGCGCUGGAAUGUGACCGUCACC